CGGCUCUGGAAGGGGGCGGCACUCUGUGAGCACCCUCACUGCUGCUGGGAGGACUGACGUGACGAGUGGAGGAGCAGCAGCGGCGGCCGGAGGAGGAAAGAGGAAAAUGGCGGAGGCGGCGGCGGCGGUGUCUCAGCAUCGUUUCUUCUGCCAUCACUGCAAGGGGGAGGUCAGCCCCAAGCUGCCGGAGUAUAUCUGCCCCAGAUGUGACUCUGGGUUUAUAGAAGAGGUGACGGAAGACUCCAGUUUUCUGGACGGCGGAGGCAACGCUCUAGACGACAAUGGGACGCCGCAUUUUGCAGAGCUCUGGGACCACUUAGACCAUACCAUGUUUUUCCCCGAUUUCCGCCAUUUCCUGAGCGCCAGCUCUUUGGACCAAGACAACCGCGAUUCCGAGCGCCGCCACCAGGGGCAUCCAGACAUUAGGGUGACCCGCCGCCCCCCGAGACAGCCCACCACCCGCUACAGGUCCCGUGUCAGCUCCCGGCCCGACCGCUCACCAGCCAUCGAAGGGAUCAUCCAGCAGAUCUUCGCCGGGGUCCUUGCAAACCCUCCCUUACCGGGGUCACCCCACCCCUUCUCAUGGAGUGGGAUGCUUCAUUCAAAUCCUGGUGACUACGCCUGGGGGCAGAGUGGCCUGGACUCAAUCGUCACUCAGCUUUUGGGCCAACUGGAAAACACGGGCCCACCUCCGGCUGACAAAGAGAAGAUCUCCUCCCUGCCGACCGUCACAGUAACUCAGGAGCAAGUGGAUAUGGGUCUGGAGUGCCCGGUGUGUAAGGAUGACUACACUGUAUCGGAACAGGUCCGGCAGCUGCCCUGCAAUCACUUCUUCCAUGGAGACUGUAUUGUGCCUUGGCUCGAGAUGCAUGAUACUUGCCCAGUUUGCCGAAAGAGUUUAAACGGCGAGGACUCAACGCGACAAUCGCCCGGCUCCGAGGCCUCCGCUAGUAACAGCUACAGCGGCGAAAGCCAAGCGCACGACAGAUGGACCUUCUAAAGGGGCCCGAGGUUCUGCAGCAGCGUGUACAUUGUGUGAGAGACUUCAUCGCCAACCAGAUUCCAGAACUGGCAGCGGCAGUCGGUGCCCACCGUAUCCAAACCAAAAAAAAAACCUUUUACAUUUCCUCCUCACCCCGAGGCCAUUGGUUGGACAAGGUCACAUGAUCACAUAGUCCGCUUAGUGUCUGGAGAUAGCGGAUGUACGGACAUCCUAUUGCUUUGACUAUAAACUGGACAAUUUGGACCUUAUCCCCUCCCCCACUGCCUAACAUCUCGCCGCGCUAAGGGGGCGGGUCCUGGGCCUUAUAUUUUUUUUUUUUUCUCUUUUGCACAUAAUCCCCUCCCCACAGACUGUCCCCGGAUCAGACGUGGAGGAUAAUUAAAUGAUGCAGAAAAAUCUAUAACGUUAAAUAUUUGUAAAUUUAAGAUAAAUUUGUUCAUAUACCUGA